CGGCGGCGGCGGCGGCGGCGGCGGGGACCCCGGGCUGGGGCCACGCAGGCCGGAGGCCCCGCGCCCUCGGGCCCCGCGCGCGAGCGGACCGCGCUCUCAACCCGCAGGCGAGGCUCGGAGGUCCUACAGGUAUGGAUCUCUGGCAGCUGCUGUUGACCUUGGCAGUGGCAGGCUCAGGCAGUGCUUUUUCUGGGAGUGAAGCCACACCAACUAUCCUUGGCAGCGCAUCCCAGAGUCUACAAAGAGUUAAUCCAGGCCUAGGGACAAAUUCUUCUGAGAAGCCUAAGUUCACCAAGUGCCGUUCACCUGAACUAGAGACUUUUUCAUGCCACUGGACAGAUGGGGUUCGUCAUGGUCUAAAGAACCCAGGAUCCGUACAGCUGUUCUAUAUUAGAAGGAGCACGCAAGAAUGGACUCAAGAGUGGAAAGAAUGCCCCGAUUAUGUCUCUGCCGGAGAAAACAGCUGUUACUUUAAUUCAUCUUAUACCUCCAUUUGGAUACCCUACUGUAUCAAGCUAACCAGCAAUGGUGGUACGGUGGAUCAAAAGUGUUUCUCUGUUGAGGAAAUAGUGCAACCAGACCCACCCAUCGGCCUCAACUGGACUUUACUGAACAUCAGUUUAACGGGAAUCCAUGCAGAUAUCCAAGUGAGAUGGGAACCACCACCCAAUGCGGAUGUUCAGAAGGGAUGGAUAGUCCUCCAGUAUGAACUACAAUACAAAGAAGUUAAUGAGUCCCAGUGGAAAAUGAUGGACCCUGUAUUGUCAACAUCAGUUCCAGUUUACUCGUUGAGAGUGGAUAAAGAAUAUGAAGUGCGUGUGAGAUCUAGACAACGAAACUCUGAAAAAUAUGGCGAGUUCAGUGAGGUGCUCUAUGUAACACUUCCUCAAAUGAGUCCAUUUGCAUGUGAAGAAGAUUUCCAGUUUCCAUGGUUCUUAAUUAUUAUCUUUGGAAUAUUUGGGCUAACGAUGAUAUUAUUUUUAUUCAUAUUUUCUAAACAACAAAGGAUUAAGAUGCUGAUUCUUCCCCCAGUUCCAGUUCCAAAGAUUAAAGGAAUUGAUCCAGAUCUCCUCAAGGAAGGAAAAUUAGAAGAGGUGAAUACAAUCUUAGCCAUUCAUGAGAACUAUAAACCUGAAUUCUACAACGAUGACUCUUGGGUUGAAUUCAUUGAGCUGGAUAUUGAUGACCUAGAUGAAAAGACCGAAGGAUCAGACACAGACAGACUUCUAAGCAAUGACCAUGAGAAAUCACUUAACAUCCUUGGGGCAAAGGAUGAUGACUCUGGACGUACCAGCUGUUACGAACCUGACAUUCUGGAGACUGAUUUUAAUGCCAGUGAUGUGUGUGAUGGUACUUCAGAGGUUGCUCAGCCACAGAGGUUAAAAGGGGAAGUAGAUCUCUUGUGCCUUGACCAGAAGAAUCAAAAUAACUCACCUUCUACUGAUACUACCCCUACCACUCAGCAGCCCAGCAUUAUCCUGGCGAAGGAAAACAAACCAAGACCACUUCUAAUUAGUGGAACUGAGUCAACUCAGCAAGCUGCCCAUACUCAGCUAAGCAACCCGAGUUCACUGGCAAACAUUGACUUUUAUGCCCAGGUAAGCGACAUUACUCCAGCGGGGAGUGUAGUCCUUUCCCCAGGCCAAAAGAAUAAGGCAGGGAUAUCUCCAUGUGACAUGCCUCCAGAAGUGGCCUCACUCUGCCAAGCCAACUUCAUCAUGGACAAUGCCUACUUCUGUGAGGCAGAUGCCAAAAAGUGCAUCACUGUGGCCCCUCACGUCGAGGCUGAAUCACGUGUAGAGCCAAGCUUUAACCAGGAAGACAUUUACAUCACCACAGAAAGCCUUACCACUACCGCUGGCCAGUCUGGGACAACUGAGAGGGCUGUGAGUUCUGAGAUGCCUGUCCCAGACUAUACCUCCAUUCACAUCAUCCAGUCUCCACGGGGCCUUGUGCUCAAUGCGACUGCCUUGCCCUUGCCUGACAAAGAGUUUCUCUCAUCAUGUGGCUACGUAAGCACAGACCAACUGAACAAAAUCAUGCCGUAGCCUUUCUUUGGUUUCCCACGAGCUGCAUAUUUAAUGGUGAAGCGUGGGCUAGGGCGUGAGUGCUUAAACCAAAAUAAUGUUUAAACCUUUUCGGGGGGGAUGGGGGAGUGGAUUCUAAAUGCCUUUUCCUGAAAUGUUGAAACAUAAUAUUAAAAAAAAAAAGAAAAUAAGAAGGCCGAAUCAGAUGGAUAUUCCUAUUGUGAAUUGUAAAUAUUUUAAAGAAUUGUCUCAAAGACUGUUUAGUGGCAGUGAUUGUCUUGUUAAUGUGGGUGUUAAUUUUGUGAUACUAAGUAUUGAAUGGCUGUUUUUAAUGUAUAGUAAAUCAUGCUUUUUGAAAAAGCGAAAAAUCAGGUGGCUUUUGAAGUUCAGGAAAAUGAAAUGCAAAUCAGCACAGGCUAAUUUUUUUUUAAUGAUUGGGAACUAAAAUUAUAGGUAAGAAGGCAAAAAAGUAGUUUGGAUAUGUAAAACAUUUAUUUUGACAUAAAAUUUAUAAAGAUAUUUUUAAUAAUUUACACUUCAAGCACGGCUAUUUUAUAUCACACUACACACUGUGUACUGUAGUUCAUGCAGACCCAUCUAAAGAAUGUAGCAACUACAGUCUAAAGCUACUUUUACUGCUUUGGUCAGUACACCUAAAGAAAAACAAACAAGUUAGUUUUUUACCAGGCCCUUUUUGUACCUCCAUUCUUAAACAAUCCUAAAAUGAUUGUAGUUACCUGCAUUACUGGAACAGGCUCACCUUAUUUAAAAAAUUUUUUUAAAUGUAUUCAUUGAGAAAACUUUUAAGAUGGAUGUGCAGGUCAACUCAUCAUGAACCAAAACAACUCUUUCUUACCCACAUUUUGGUUCAUUGCAGAGAGCUCCACACAAGGAGAAGUAGGAAGGAUAGCCAGUCAGUUUGGCAGGCUGCUUGGGUGCUACUGUGGCAGGUACAGUGAGCUCUUUAGGGCAGGCCGACCCCGAGAGGUAGGCCCCAGAAGCUCUGCAGUAGCAUCUCUUCAGAUACAACUUGACUUUAUUACGUGGUUACCUAAGAAGGGAAUAAAGUACAAGAAGCAUUUUGUAAGUUGAAGCAGGUCGAAGUGAAGUUAACCAGAUCAUGGAAUAAAAAGUUCAAGAAAUAGGUUCUUGAUUCACAGCCAAUAGCCAGACACAUAUACCCACUACUCCUGGUAACAAGAAGCAGAAGAAACAAGAUUUUUAAAUCCCCACAGAUAAGUCAAAAUUAUCCUAAACCCAGAGCAGAAACUUUCUCCCUCACCAGACCCUUUCUUUGGUUUAUUUAAAGUAGCAAUGAAGAAGUCUCCUCAUUUUGUAUUUCCCCUCUGAGUGGCUUGGCCUCAAAGCGGGUAGUCAGAAGAACAAGGGGGCCGAAGUAAUGUAUAAAUUAUUAUCGUUCAAUCCCUUGGUAACCUCAGCACCAUUCUUAGGAGCGUUGGGAUUGGUCCCCAAAAGGUUUGUCAAAGGAGAAGAAUCUCAUCUCACUGAAGAAUGCUUCUCACCUUAAGUAUUUUUUUUUUUUUUACAUUUAACGAAACUUUAAAGUUCACUGUAACUUAAAUAGUAUUUGCCAUUUAGCUCAGACCUUUUUAGGAAACAGGCUUAAUGGUUGGUAAUUUUAAAAUCCCUCUUUCUUGCAGGAAGGACAGUGAAAAGCUAGAACUGGGUGUUCCAAGUUCAAUAUGUUACUUUGUAAUAGGUGUUUCAUAGAUUUUCUGCUACCUUGCUGCUAUGGUUUUCUCUAAGAGCUACAUCAUUUAGUUUCAUAUACAAUUUCAUCAGUGUAGAACCUAAUUCAACUUAAAACUGUGUGCUUGGGAAAACUAUCUUACUAUUUCACAAUAGGCUGACAACAAUUUCUAUAGCCAAAAAUAGCUAAAUACCUCAAUCGGUCUCAGAAUGUCAUUUUGGUACUUUGCUGGCCACACAAGCCAUUAUUCACUAGUAUGACUAGUUGUGUCCUGCAGUUUAUAUUUAACUUUCCUUAUGUCUGUGGAUUUUUUUCCUUCAAAGUUUAAUAAAUUUAUUUUCUUGGA